UAAGGCUCGCCAAAACGAGGUUCUCCGUUCACCUACUCCCAUAAAUUUUUUUACAAAAUUCGAAAUCGAUACGCGCAGCAAAGACAACCCUAGCUUCCUAUCUAGCUCAAUCUCGCCUACUUCCGUACUCACGGUUCAGAUUUUAGGAUUUUUGAAAAUCUAAGCGAUGGCAAAGAGGGAGAAGCAAAAAGCCAAAGACGAUCGAGAAGAAGAAUUAACGAAUGAAGCAGAGGGAGUAAUAGCGGUGAACAUAAGUAAGGAGGAGGACGACGACGACGCGGAGGCCAACGAGGAUCUGAGCUUGAGGAUCGUGGAAAAGGCUAUCCUGAUUCGCGCGACGAGGUCGAACGGAGACGCUGAUGUAGACGGUGAUAGUAUUGCGGCAGAUUUGUUUCCGUCAUCUUCACGGGUUGCCGAGGCUGUUAUUGUGGAUACCAGUGGAACGGGUAGUGGCAGCGAGGCUGUAGUUGAUUUGAAGCCUAAGAAAAGAAAGAAGACCAAGAAAUCUGGGAAGAUAGAGGCUGGGGAGCAAUCCGUAAGCAAUGUAAACAAACUGGAGAAUGUUGUAAUGGUUGAAGAAGUGAAAAGGGCGGGGAUGGUUGAAGCUGCAGAGAUGCUUGAACCUUUGGAGCCAGAUGCAGUCCAGAUUUCUGACAAUACUGUGCUGCGAAAGCUUCUUCGAGGGCCAAGGUAUUUUGAUCCACCAGAAGGGAAUUGGGGGGUGUGCUAUAAUUGCGGUGAAGAAGGUCAUAUGAUGGUGAACUGCAUGUCCGCUAAGCGGAAGAAACCAUGCUUUGUUUGUGGGAGUCUGGACCAUGGUGCUAAGCAAUGCUCGAAGGCACAAGAUUGCUUUAUUUGCAAACAAAGUGGCCAUCGUGCUAAAGAUUGUCCUGAGAAACACAAGUUUGGUGCUCAGAGUUCAAAAAUAUGUCUGAAGUGUGGAACUUCCGGGCAUGAUAUGUUCUUAUGUGAGGGUGAAUAUUCCAACGAUGAUCUCAAGGGAAUACAAUGUUAUGUCUGCAAGAAUUUUGGCCAUUUAUGCUGCCUUAACUAUGUAGAUACUGGCCGAAGAGAACAAUCAUGUUAUAAAUGUGGUCAGUUGGGCCACACUGGUUUGGCAUGUGCAAGGUUGCGUCAGGAAGCAUCUGGUGAAGCCUCACCUAGUUCGUGCUACAGGUGUGGAAAAGAAGGGCACUUUGCUCGUGAAUGCACAAAUACUGCCAAGCUGCAGGUUAAUAAGAGGAAUCGUGAUUCAGUUGCCCCUGCUCAAAGAUUUCAUAAAGAAUACAGGGACAACCGUGGAAACAACUCCGCAUCCAAAAUUCUUGACAAGGCUUAUAAAAAGAGGAGAUCCCACCAUGAAGAAAGAAGCUUUGCAACACCUCAGAAAUCAAAACAGAGAGGUGGCUGGACAACGGAACAUCCUGGGGACUCCUCACGAGGGAAGUCCAGAAAGAAUGGUUGGGGGUCUCCCAGUACUCCAUCUAUUAAGGGUCAUAAGAUUUCUUCUUUGGCUUCUGACAGUCCCAAUUCUAGUUCACAAUCAUAUAAAAAUACGCACAAGGUUUGGUAUGGAACCCCAGUAUCAAAUGGAUCAGUUAAAUCCUUUCCUAAUAGAUAUCCGGCAUCUAGGUUCGGUAACUUCAUUGAUGAUGGAGUUGGGAGAAACCAUUAUUGGUGGUAGAACUGUGGAUUAUGUGAAGGCAAUUGGGAUACACAAGCUUUGUUUCUCCCGUUGUAAUAGUUGGAUCUUGAAAAUUUGGCUGCGCGGACCAUUGAAAUUUCUAGAGGAGACCAGUGCGAAGGAGUUUGGAGAUUUUCUUGGGAGCGUAAACGAGAUACGUGGAAGGAGGAUAAAAAUUAGAGAGGAAGAUCAUGAUGUGAUCAGGUCCCCGGAAGUGGUGGAAUGGUUCUGGACCAGAGUUUGAAAUUGAACCACGAUGUUGAAACCCCGGCCACAGAGGAGGCUCAAUUGUAUUUGUAUGAUGGAUCCUUUUUUUUCCUGACUCCCAAAAAAUCUUUGGUAAUUCGAUAUUGAAGUAUGUCGUUUUUUAUUUAUUAAUUUAUUUUGUGACCUUCAUUGAAUUGUGUUUAAAUCUAAUUAAUAAGUUUAGGAGCUUUAUGUAA